AUGGACCACUCCAGCAGCUUCCACUCGACCGUGUUGGGUCGCUCGUCCGACAACGACGGCGCCACCAACGGCAGCAGCGGCGACAACGACCGCACGCGGCGGCGCGCCAUUGACAUCCUCAACCCCGAGCCCGAGCCUGCCGCAUCGCCCGCUUCCUACCCGUCGCGGCACCAGCACCAGCACCAGCACCAACACUCACAUUCCUAUGCCUCGUCGACGGCCUCCUCCCCCCAUCGCGCCCACGACAGCUUUGCGCUGCGCUCGCCCAGCAAAUCGGACGUCCGUCCACUGGCGUCGCCCAGCGCCCGCCACGCCUCGCCAGCCUCGGUCGGUCCGACGGUGAACAAUCUGCUCAACAACAGUCCCCCGUUGCAGCAUCGGCCGGUGCCGUCGUCCGUGUCGCGCUCGCGCUCGCCGCACCUUGCGCCGCCGCCGGGCGCGUCUGCCGCGUCGACACCGUAUUCGGCCCACGGCGACGCGCCGUCUGCGCAACCGCUGUCCGGCAAAUUCUACGACCCGACUACCGACACCACAUCCGCGACCGGCGCUGCGUCAUUGGCCGCCGACCGUCACAACGUGGAGUCGCGUGUCCGGCGUCCCGACAGCCCGGCCCAAGCCGAUCCUGCAUCGGUUUUGUUGGCCGACGCCAAUUUGUGA